AUGCGGUCGCUGCUUGGCUCGGCCUUUGCCGGCGGCGGGCCCGUCUUUGGACCGGGACGGGGAGGAACGUUCCAGCACCUUCUCAGAGAAGGCACCUUUGUGGCUAGAUCUGUGGGUGCCCCGUGUGUGGCUGGGAGCUGCGCGGGCCGGCAGGAGGAGAAGCAGCGGCGCUGCCGCCUGAGGAGGCGCAGGCGGGAAUCGGAGAUGGCGCUUGAGCUCCAGGCGGGCCUGCACAAGGGCGACCCGCCAAAUGCCAGUGAGGCGUCGCACAUUGGAAGUGUGCAGGUUGCCAAAUUGUAUAACCCACUUGGAGGUUUGCAGGCAAAUGUCAGAGAGGCAUGGUCCAAGGAACAGGAAGUGGAGAAAGGCAUUAAAAAUUUGACCUACAUUGAAAGGCUGAAGGAGCGUGCCAAGAAAGUUAAAAUACCAGAGCUCAGGAAAGCUCCACAGAGCACUCCAGAUCCUGUGCCUGAGAGGAAGAGAACGAUGCCCACGAACCCUGCAAAAUUCUUCCCGAGACUUUGCAGUUCUGUUUCUCAACGCCCAAUCAGGGACAGGGUGAUUCAUUUACUGGCUCUGAAGAAUUACAAGCAGCCAGAGCUCCUUGCCCGCUUGCAGAGAGAGGGAGUUGUGGAAAAGGACAAGGAAUCCCUUGGAAAGAUCCUUCAGGAGGUAGCCAACCUGGAUGCAAAUGAGAAUUCUUUCAGUCUGAAAGAACAUUUCUUUAAAGACAUCCAGGAAGAUUGGCCUGGCUACAGUGAAAGUGAAAGGCAGAUGUUGGAGGUGACCCUUUUCCAAAAAACAGCUCCACCUCAGAAUGCCACCAACACCAGCCAGUCAUCAUCUCUGGGACCUUCUGAGAGAGAUACUCCACUGAGAACUGCUCAGAAACGGCUUCUGGCUUCUGAUUUUAUCAAUCCUGGGAUGAGCAAGAAGCAGAGGGUUGACCAACAGCCCAGUGAUGUCCAGCCAGCAGCUGGUGGCCACUCUCCUUCGUCCUUGCUCCUGUCUUCCACAUCCUGUUCAACUUUGAACCUGCCUCCAAGAGUCAGCUCCAUUUACCACCUCCACCCUGAGAUCUGUAAAUGA